UAUUUACCUAAAAAUUUGUUUACAAUGUUCGCAGCUUUUGUGUUUCUGCUGUGAAAUAGUUUUUAUGUUGUUAAAUGUUCAUAUUAUGGUGAUAAUUUUGUGAUCAUUAAUGGGAAAUGUACUGGGUGAAGAUUAAAAGUUAAAGUAAUAGAAGUAAUUAAGCUCAGACAUUUGGGUAUGAGAAAAAAGUUGUUUUGUGUGUGUUUUCAAAUGGUUUUGGUCAUUUACAGAGGAGAGCCGUUAAUGAAAGGGUGAGGACGAGUGAGUUGAUUCAAGUAAAAAAAAAAACAGUGGAGGAAGACUUAAAAUAACACUAGUAGUAAAACAAGACAUUUCAAUUAAGUUGGGUUGGAUUUUUGGAUUUAUAGCUGAUAUCAAAAUUUUGGGACUAAGGUUUGAUUGUUGUUGUUCUUGUUGUUGAGGAAUGGGGUGGCAUGGAAGUUGGGUUGGAUUUUUGGUUCGGUAUUGAUGGAAAUGAAUGACUGAUCUUGACUAGUCUAUUGAGAGUCUGUAGCCGACCUCGAAAUUUUGGGACUAAGGGUGGUAUUGUUCGUGUACAAGGAGAUGAGUUCUGGCAUAUGACUAAGGUUUUGAGGUUGAGCACAAAUGAUAGGAUAGAGCUUUUUAACGGGAAGGGAGGUUUGAUAGAAGGGUGCAUUCAGAGGAUUGACCGUACUGGACUGGAUUUUGUGGCUCUGGAAGAUCCGAAGUUAGUUCUUCCUCAGAGCACAUAUUGGCAUGUAUUUGCAGCUUUUGGUACUCUGAAGGGUGGUCGAGCUGACUGGCUUGUAGAGAAAUGCACGGAACUGGGGGCUAGUAGUGUAACACCUCUAUUGACAGAACGUUCGCCUUCAAUUUCGGAGAAUAGGUUGGACAGAUUGCAACGUGUUGUUUUAGCAGCAACUAAACAAUGUCAACGGCUGCAUGAAUUAAUUCUGAAUCCUCCAAUGAAAAUUGAUGGCAUUCUGCCACAAAUUGCUCAGUCAAAGCUAUCUUUUGUUGCUGUAGCAGAAGCUAGUCCUCUUGUUAGUGUAUUGACUUCAUCAAAAAGCGAUUCUGGUGGACUGAUUAUAGUAGGACCAGAAGGGGACUUCACCGAGAAAGAGUUGAAUAUGAUGGUGGAAGCAGGAGCUACGACUGUUGGUCUGGGACCACUUCGCUUACGAGUCGAAACUGCAACAAUGGCACUUUUAGCAACUGUAAUUUUAUGGUCCGACUCUCAGCAAACAUCUAGUUCCUAACUCUUGUAGGUGGGACUUAUAUUUUCCUCUUCCCUUGGAGAAUGAUCCGUCCCACACAACUAACUACGUGUCUUUAUGAUUUGUGACAUAUCCUUGGGAUAAAGCUCAUGUGGACUGGUAGAUGAUAUAUUUUUCUUUCUGCAUAGGGAAAUAUGAAUGGGUGAAUCACACUAGAACCACAAAAGGUGUGUGAAUAGAAGGGAGGUAAGAGUUGGGAUAAUUUGAAACAAAUUGAUGUAACUUGUACUUCUGGUCAAUUGCAAUGGAAUAUUGCUUCUUUCAUUUGUUUUCAA